AUGGGUUCCAUCGCUCCUCCAGCCGGCCCGCCGCAGUUCCUCGUUAUAGGUGCUGGUUCUCGAGGCCAUGCAUAUGCCCGCGCAGUCGAAGCCUCAACCUCAGGGUGCAUUGCCGCUGUAGCUGAAAUCGACCCUUUCAAGAGACAAGAGUUCGGGAAGAGAUAUAUCUGGGGACAAGAAGGCAGGGCUGCUGAGCAUCAGUGUUUUGCUGGUUGGGAAGAAUGGGUGGCAUGGGAGACACGGCGCAGGCAGAACGCAGACAAGCCUGGAGGUGCUGAGCCUGGCUACUUUCCCAUCACCGGUGUUUUCAUAUGCACCUUGGACGAGACACACGCUCCCAUCAUUCGAGCAAUUGCUCCUUUCACUUUGCAUAUCUUGUGUGAGAAACCACUAGCACUGUCAUUGUCUGACUGUCUCUCCAUUUCCUCGGCUUUGUCGCAGUACCCUCCAAAGGUGGUCUCUAUUGGUCAUGUCCUACGCUACUCGCCGCAUAAUAUACUGCUUCGCAAGCUCUUAACUUCAGAUCAAGUCAUUGGCGAGAUUGUCUCCAUCGAGCAUACCGAGCCCAUCGGCUGGUGGCAUUUCUCUCACUCUUAUGUGCGUGGGAACUGGCGAAGGCCGACACCAGAAGGGGUUGGCUCCUUGCUCACCAAAUCAUGCCAUGAUAUCGACUUUUUGAUGUGGCUCCUAUGCUCUCCAAGUCCAUUGACCGGAGAUGAACCCCAUUUGCCUUCCACGAUCUCAAGUACUGGCGCCAUCACCCAUUUCCGACGAGCAAGAAAGCCAAGGGAUGCAGGCGGCUCGACAAAUUGCCUCUCCUGUCCCGCUGAACCCAACUGUAUAUAUUCCGCAAAGAAGAUCUACCGCGAUAGGUGGCUGCGGAAAGAGAAGGAUACCGGCUGGCCACUGAAGAUUGUUGUCCCUGAGAUGGAAGACAUUGUCACGGCCCAAGGCUGGGAUGCAGGUGAAGAGAAGCUAAUGGAACGACUUGGCGAUGACUACGACAAGAAUACAACGCCUGACGACGUGGUUGCCAGCAGGAGCUGGUACGGCCGAUGUGUCUAUGAGGCAGACAACGAUGUCGUGGAUGAUCAGACUGUCACGAUGGAAUGGGAAGAGGAUUGCCUUCGUGGACAUGAACUUGGCCGCGGCCCUAAGAGAGCACUCUUUCAUAUGACCUACCCCACUCAAGCACAAUGCGAAAGGCGAGGCUGGAUAUAUGGCACGCUUGGAGAAAUCCAUUACGACUCGCACAAGAUCACGGUGCAUACGUUCAGCGAUAAUGGGACAAUCGUGCAUGAUAUCCCCAAGCAAGCACCAGAGGUAGAGAAGAGCCACGGUGGAGGUGACUGGGGUCUUGCAGGAGCCUUCGUUCAAGCGGUUCAGAAUGUUGAAGAGGGCUCAAUGAACGUUGCACAGGCGCAGCGAGAGCUCGUUGGCUGUGACUUGGAAGAAAUCAUCCGGAGUCAUGCUGUCGUGUUUGCCGCAGAGGAGGCAAGACGAGAGAAGAAGGUCCUUCACUGGACCGAUUGGGCGGACAGCCAUUGCCAGACAACGCUUUGA